AUGGCCCGGUGGCCCGCACCGCCUCCGCCUCCGCCGCCGCCGCCGCCGCUCGCCGCGCCGCCGCUGCUGCCCGGCGCCUCCACUAAGGGGCCGCCGGCGCGCAAGCUGCUCUUCAUGUGCACCCUGUCCCUGUCCGUCACCUACCUGUGCUACAGCCUGCUGGGCGGCUCGGGUUCGCUGCAGUUCCCGCUGGCGCUGCAGGAGCCCCCGGGAUCCGCCGCGGAGCCCCCGCCGAGCCUGCUGUCUCCCUCGCUGCCGCCUCCCCGCGUGCGCCCCGGCGCCUCCUCGCCGCCGCCGGACAACGCGAGCCGCGGGCCACCGCCCGAGCCCCCCGAGCGCUUCACGACUCCCGCGGCCGACGGCUGGGGACUGGCGAGCGGCGGCGGUGCUCGGGACUCCUGGCCCAGGAGCCCGCCUGCCCCCGGAGACGCGGUCACAGAGCAGGACGCGCUGUUGGGGCGCGGGGCGCAGGAGCCAGGCGCCGCCGAGGAGCUGGAAGGCCGGAGGGCGGCCAACGGAAGUGCAGAACGGGGCCCCGCCAGCACCCCUGAUUAUGGGGAAAAGAAGCUACCCCAGGCACUGAUCAUCGGGGUCAAGAAAGGAGGGACACGAGCGCUGCUGGAGGCUAUCCGAGUCCACCCGGACGUAAGGGCAGUGGGCGUAGAGCCGCACUUCUUCGACAGGAACUACGAGAAGGGGCUGGAAUGGUACAGAAAUGUGAUGCCUAAGACAUUGGAUGGGCAGAUAACCAUGGAGAAGACCCCCAGUUAUUUUGUGACGAAUGAGGCUCCCAAGCGCAUCCACUCUAUGGCCAAGGAUAUCAAACUCAUUGUGGUGGUACGAAACCCAGUGACCAGGGCCAUUUCUGACUAUACCCAGACACUGUCAAAAAAGCCAGAGAUCCCCACCUUUGAGGUUCUGGCCUUCAAAAACCGGACCCUGGGGCUGAUUGAUGCCUCUUGGAGCGCCAUUCGAAUUGGGAUCUAUGCUUUGCACCUGGAGAACUGGCUGCAGUACUUUCCCCUUUCUCAGAUCCUGUUUGUCAGUGGUGAGCGACUCAUAGUGGACCCUGCAGGGGAGAUGGCCAAGGUCCAGGAUUUCCUAGGCCUCAAGCGUGUGGUGACUGAGAAGCACUUUUACUUCAACAAAACCAAGGGGUUCCCUUGCCUGAAGAAGCCAGAAGACAGCAGCGCCCCAAGAUGUUUGGGCAAGAGCAAAGGUCGGACUCAUCCCCGAAUUGACCCAGAUGUCAUCCAUAGACUUCGGAAAUUCUACAAACCCUUCAACAUGAUGUUUUACCAAAUGACUGGUCAAGAUUUCCAGUGGGAACAGGAAGAGGGUGAUAAGUGAGGCUGAUGGUGUGGAGGGAAGGCUAAUGAAUAGCAAGGAUACUCUUAAGCAGAGUCCCAAAUCCCCCAGGUUCAGAAGUGUCAACCAUGCUGGAGUACCAAGUAGAUUGCCAACCUGAUCCAUUCAGGUUACAUCCAAUGUUGUGGGCUUAGGCAGAGGUAUAGCUCUCAUGGUAUCCCUGUGGAGGAAUCAACAAUGUCUGGUUGACCAGAUGGCUACUAAAAUCUACCAUGAAUAGUAUCUUCUACUAGUUAAUAGUUAAACAGAAUAAACAUCUUCCAAUGUCACAGACAGAUGCUAAGUUGAGUAUAAGAAAGAGAGAAAGAGAGAGAGAG